AUGACGGGCAAGAAACGGCAGGCAUCACCAAAAAAGAAUGCAGAUCUUGAGAAUUUAAUUCAUCAGCGAUUACAAAUUAAAAAUAAUAUAAUUCGCAUUAAAACGGGUCUUGAAGAAAGAACUUUAUCGUUAAAUCCAAUCGAAUUAGAAUGUCGAUUAGAUAUUUUAAAUUCAUAUAUUGACCAAUUAAUGAAUUGUCAGUCGGAAAUAGAAUCCAUUGAUCGAAAUGAUGAUUCCCGCGGUGAAUUGGAAGACAUUUGUGUUGGUGCAAAAGCACUACUAAUUUCACAUGUCAACAAAAGACGAAAGUCGAGUGCAGUUGACUAUUCUUUUAGCAACCCACACCAUUCACGACUUCCAAAAAUGUCUUUACCUAAAUUCAGCGGCAAAUACUCUGAGUAUAAAAAUUUCAUCAGCCUUUUCGAAAGUUUAGUAGACAACGAUCCAAUUCUUCCGGAUAUUGAAAAGUUCAACCAUUUAAUUUCUUGUUUAUCUGGUGCAGCUUUAGGAACAGUUAAGGCGUUCCAAAUUACCGAACAAAACUAUCCGAAAGCACUGGCGAGUUUAAAGAAAGUCUACGACAAUAAUUCUCAAGUAAGAGCAUCAAUUCGUAAAAAAGAUUACGAAAUUUCAUGGCGUCCGAGCAGUGACAAAUUAAAUCUAAUAAUUUGUUCAAUUUAA